AUGACUGAACAAACUCACGAAGAAUUAUUCAACCAAAACGUAUGUGGAAGUGGUUUGGCAUUCAAGAAGGUAGUUCGUGAAUUAUUCAACAAUCGUAUUGUUCCUGCAACCAAGAAUCUUCAACAAGUCAAUCCAAAGAUGCUCAUCUUGUUGGAUUGGGCUUCUCUUGCUGCAUUGCCAACUGAAACCAAGUACAAGUAUGGUGAUAGAUUUGCUGAAGAUACCUUGUUGAAUAAUUGCAUCAAAUUCUUAACCGAAUGUCCAAGAUUGAGUAAUAUGAGUGAAAUUGCCAAGGUUUUCAUCAAGGAUCCUGAUUGUAAGGAUGCUUUCAUGGGAUUGGAAAAAUUGAUUUUCAGAGUUGUUCACAAUGCUGAUAAACCUAUCCGAGUAUUGUGGUUGGCAGCAACACUUGGAAAGAGAAGUAAAAAGCUGAGUAAGAAGAAGAUACUCGAGGCUAAUAUUCCAUCGUUGACAAGUGAAAUUAUUGAGAAGGGUAGUAAAAUGAUCAUCUCUUCAUCUAUUAAUGGUCAAUCAUCAGGUAACAUGGAUGGAUAUGUUGAUUAUUCUAGUUAUUCACUCCGUCUAUCAAGUACUCUUCUAUUGGGAGUUGUUGUCAUCUUUAAUAAGAAGGCUCAAUAUUUACUAUCGGAAGGAAAUCAAAUGGUUCGUAAGGCUAGACAAAUUUCUGUUCGUUUAGAUCAAACAACUGACUCGACAUUAUUGGACAAGAAAGAGGCUAGAUUUGAAGCAAUUACUUUAAAGCCUUUCAAAGAUUUCGAAUUGAUUGCUGACACUUCAGUUUUAACUAUGGAUGAGGAAUUGAUGGCAAGAUGGUAUAGAUUAGUAGGAGCAAAUAGUAACGGAGAGUGUAAUAAUGAGGAGUUGAGUAACUUGCAAUCAUCAUCAGCAAUAAUAGAAGCUGAAUUGAAUGGAUCCAAGACUUUGGAAAAUGAACAACAGGGUGCUGACAUUAGUAUGAUUAAACCAGUACGUGAGUCUGACAUUUUCAUGGCUGGAUUAGAUAUCUUCGAAGCUGGUAUUGAUCCUAUGCAUGAGCAACAUGAGGAAGACUUGAACAACAAUGGUGGCGAUCAUGAGUUGGGUGGAUUGGAAACCUCAAUAAUUGAGCAAGCUCCUAUGAUGAUAGGGAAUGAUAAUGAGCUCGAUACUGCAUUCACCAAUCCAAAGAAGAGAAAGAGAACCUCUGUUGGUAAAUUAAUUAUUGAUGACCAAACUCAGAUAUCAAGCGAUACUAUGCGUUCCAUGAUACAGGACUGCUCCUCUCUACUAACUACAAGAGGUUCCGUAAAGAACAAUCCAUUCUCAAAGACUGAUGACUGGUUCAGUACAAACAUCUUUUCCAGAGACAAGCUUGAUAAGAUAACAAUGGAUAGAUUAUUCUAUACAAUUCCAUGUGGUUAUGACUCAACCAACCGACAGUUCAAUAACGACUUUUCUAAUAUUUGCACAAAGAGUUUAAAGAGACGAAAAUCCAACGAACCAUCUAAUGAUAACAAUAAUGCAGCAGUAGAAACAUCCAAACAGCUACCUGAUGAAGAUAUUCAACAUCUUAACAAUUUCCUUGAUGGAGAGCUUGGAGGUAUUGAUGUAGACAUUGAACAACCUAGAGAGGAGCAUUUCGAUAUUCCAGAAAGACAACUAGAUGAAGAUGAGUUGACUUCAAUAUUGCUUAAUCCUGGAGACCUUUCUGUAUUACUAUCACCAAACGGGCCAACAUUCCAAAAACAAACCUCACCUCAAAAGAGACCAUCUCUAAUUGCUGACGAAACUGACGAAUUGUUAAAGGUAUUUGAAGAUAACUCUGCAAUUCCUGCAUAUUCUGGAUCAACAAUGGUACCUAAGAGUUGGGGAAUGUUGGAAUACAUGAAAAAGAAGGUUGAAGAGGAAUCAUUGAACGUGAAUAAUGGUGGAAAGGUUUAUCUGUCAUUUGACAAGCUUAUUAGGGAAGGUAACAACACCAAACGGUUGAGGGAAAAAGCAAGCCAAGGUUUUUAUCAGUUAUUGGUAUUGGCCUCAAAUAAUCAUAUUGAGAUUAAGAGUUUGGACAAAAUUUAUGUAAAGCAAUAG